AUGAACUCUCCAGACUAUCGAUUCACCAGUGGUCUUACGAGCUAUCCUGUGGCUUACGGCUCCCGCCGCUACUUGUCAAGAGGCUUCUGCCUGCUCUGCUUGUUAACUCUAUGCACUGCAUCCCCGAAAAGUGCUGCGGCAGUGCAUAAGACAACCCCGCUCUGCGAUGUUGCCCCCGUUACUACUGCUACGGCGGCUGCCCUACCGCCAAGUCUUUCGACAGAGGGCAACGAGGUUAAUUGGAAGCACUCGAGCAGUUCCACCAGUAUAGAGAACGGGGACGGCUGCACGACUAGCAACACGAAGGGCUCCCCACCAGCUUUGAAAUGCGGGGAUUCAUUGGCCAUGUCGAAUAGUCUGGUGAGCCCUAGGCGUUCUUCGUCACUCCCCGUCUUUUUAAAAGUUAGUGUAUUGGUAGCAGCAGUGAUUGGGACUGCAGCAGUUGUAUUUUUAGUGCUUCGCUGCUCACAAGAGAGACGGCUACAUUUGUCUCAAGGACAUAACCCACGUGCGAUUUCUGACCUUGGCAACGAGGGUGAAGGACCCAGCACACGGAUUACAGCUUGUGUUAACUUGAGAGACGAGCAGGAAGCGAAAAAUACACAAGAACAUCAUGGGGAGCUAUCUGAGCAUCAAGUUAGGCGAAGAGCAAGGUCACUAUUUCGAGAAGCCCUUGAACUAUGUGAUACUGGCUCAAAGCUCCUACCUUUACUUGGCGGGGGCGACUAUCUUAAAGGUAUUUCUUUGAUUGUGGGCCUUACUGCUGCAGAGCUGGCUUCUGUGGGUUACGUUCUUCCCGAUGUUUUGGAUGGCGGUUGGAGCGCAACAGUGGAUGCAAUUGCGCGUGAGGGACGACUCGCAACAUCUGGGGUGUCUCGCACUGGAACAUAUGGGAACACCGUAAGGAAGAUUCGCCGAUUCGUGAAGUUCUUGGCAAAUAUUCACCGACGCCGGCCAAAGAUUGACGCUACACAAAAAGUUCGAAGUGAUUUGUUGUUUACUUCCAUUACCGUCGCAAGAGAAGCAAUAAGUCAGUCUAAACAGGCACUUGAUAUGCUGACCCCAUGGUCAAUGCAAAAUUUGAGUGUGCAAGCAUUAGGCAGGGCCAAAGGCAGGGAUAGGCUCUUUAAGGCCGACAGCGGCGGCAUUGUCCCCCGUAAAGUGAGUGAAGCCCUUCUCAGAUUCCUGGGGCGAGUUAGAAGAGCAAGAAUAACUACUCUAAGGAAUCAUCCCGCCUUUGGACGUCUUAUUAACCGCUUUGGGAGGCGCUUGUUUUAUCCGGCUCUUUCUGAAGAGGAGCGUCUUGCCCUUGCCCAGUCAACCCCGGUUGUUGUGCCUUUGUCAGUUCAACUGCGGGAGCUUAACGACAUUUCUGGGGAGAGCCGCGAAAUACUAGCUCAGAAGCACGAAGACGCGCUAGCUGGGCGGAGAAGUAUAACUCCUUCAGAUUCCGAUGGUUCUACCUCUGACUCUCAAGAGAGGACUUCACAAAGCCAGCAUGGCAAUGGAGCUGAAGGUGCAGUCGAAGGAAAAGAGAUCCAGCCAAGCGAAACUUGCGAACUGCAAUCAAUGCGUACUGACUUGCAUUCUCAGGAAGGGUCCUCAACUUCGUUUCCAAGCACUGCAUCGUCUCUCGAGAGUUUGGCGCCCCCUCAGUCGAGCAGCAGUGAUGCUGCAUCUGCCUUUUCACUUGAGAAUGCGCAGAACCCCGAAAUUUACGCGGGACAACAAUUCGUGAGGCAAAUAUAUGCUGCCCUGCAUCAGCUCUUAUUGCGUUCAUCAGGUGCAUACGCAGGGUCAGCACCGGGGCUUCAUCCAGGAAGCUUCAUGGCUGGCGCGCCUCCCGAAACCAUGAUGCCUAAAGGACCACGUAGAAGUGCCCUACCAUCUCAUGCUCGGGCCUCCGAGAGGAGUCUCUCGCUUUCGUAUACAGAGAGCCCCCGCGCCAGUGCAAAAACUGCGAAUCCCAGCGUAGCAAGAGGACAAGAAAGCUAUGGAAGUGCGCAUGGAAAAUACCUUCCUGGAGGUCCAUGGAGGCAUUUUAGUAGGGACCACACAGACCCUUCAGGUAUAUAUGCAGAAGCGACUAGAGAUGAUUCUUUGAGACCUCACACAGGUGACCGUACAGGAACUCAGCCUACACAGUAUUCUAAAGGAGCGCAUGGAGAGUCCGCUAUAGAAGCUCACUCGAGGACCUUUAUAUGGGUCCACAGCGAACCUUCAGAUACAUAUGGAGAAUUAAGCAGAAGAGCAUCUAGAUAUUCCUCUUGGAGACCUUGGGGAGGCGACCAUAAAGGAACUGAGCCCACAGAAUAUUCUGAAGAAGCGCAUGGAGAGUCCGCUAAAGGAGAUCACUCUAGGCCUUUUAGAUGGGUCUACAGCGAACCUUCUGAUACACAUGAAGACGCGAGUACAAGAGACUCCAGAGAUGCCUCUUGGAGACCUCGGAGAUAUGACCGUACAGGAACGGAGCCUACAGAAUAUUCUGAUGGAGCGCAUGGAGAGUCCGCUAAAGGAGCUCAUUUGAGGCCCUUGAAAAGGGUUCAUAGAGAACAUUCAGAUACAUAUGAAGAAGCGGGUAGAAGAGAAUCUAGAGAAGCUUAUUGGAGACCUCGGAGAGAUGACCGUAGAGGAACUGAGCCCACAGAAUAUUCUGAUGGAGCGCAUGGAGAGUCCGCUACAGGAGCUCACUCGAGGCCUUUUAGAUGGGUCCACAGAGAACCUUCAGAUACAUAUAAAGAAGCGAGUAGAAGAGAAUCUAGAGAAGCUUAUUGGAGACCUCGGAGAGAUGACCGUAGAGGAACUGAGCCCACAGAAUAUUCUGGUGGAGCGCAUGGAGUGUCCUCUACAGGUGCUCACUCGAGGCCUUUUAGAUGGGUCCACAGCGAACUUUCAGAUACAGAUGAAGAAGCGAGUAGAAGAGAAUCCAGAGAUGCCUCUUGGAGACCUCGGAGAGGUGACCGUACAGGAACGAAGCCUACAGAAUAUUCUGAUGGAGCGCAUGGAGAGUCCGCUAAAGGAGCUCACUCUAGGCCUUUUAGAUGGAUCCACAGAGAACCUUCAGAUACAUAUAAAGAAGCGGGUAGAAGAGAAUCUAGAGAAGCUUAUUGGAGACCUCGGAGAGAUGACCGUAGAGGAAAUGAGCGCACAGAAUAUUCUGGUGGAGCGCAUGGAGAGUCCGCUACAGGAGCUCACUCGAGGCCUUUGAAAAGGGCUCAUAGAGAACCUUCAGACGCAUAUGAAGAAGCGAGUAGAAGAGAAUCUAGAGAUGUCUCUUGGAGGCCUCGGAGAGGUGACCGUACGGGAAAUGAACCUACAGAAUAUUCUGAUGGAGCGCAUGGAGAGUCCGCUACAGGAGAUCACUCGAGGCCUUUCAAAAGGGCCCGCAGAGAACCUUUAGGUACACAUGGGGAAGCGAGUAGAAGAGCAUCUAGCGAUGCUUCUUGGAGACCUCGGAGAGGUGACAGUACAGGAACAGAACCUACAGAAUAUUCUGAACGGGCGCCUGGAGAGUCCGCUGCAGGAGCAUCCUCAAAGCCCUCUAAAAUGGCCCGCAGAGAAACUUCAGAUACAUAUGGAGAAGUCAGUAGACAAGAAUCUAGAGAAGCUUAUUGGAGACCUCGGAGAGUUGACCAUACCGAAACGGAGCCUACAGAAUAUUCUGAAGGACCACCUGGAGGUCCCGCUACAGGAGCUCAAUCGAAGCCUUUUAGAUGGGCUCUCAGAGAACCUUCAGAUAUAUAUGGAGAAGGAAGUAGAAGCGAAUCUAGAGAUGCUUCUUGGAGACCUUGGAGAGAUGACCGUACAGGAAAUGAUCAUACAGAAUAUUUUGAAGGAGCACCUCGACAAUCAGCUUCAGAAGCUUCCUCGAGCCAUUCUAAACUGGCUCCCAGAGAACCUUCAGAUACAUAUGGAGAAGUCAGUAGAAGCGAAUCUAGAAAUGCUUCUUGGAGACCUUGGAGAGGUGACCGUACAGAAACGUAUCCUCCAGAUUAUUCUGGAGGGCCUCGUGGAGAGACCGCUACAGGAGCUUCCUCGAGCCCUUCUGAAAUGGCCCGCAGAGAACCUUCAGAUACAUAUGGAGAAGAAAGUAGAAGAGAAUCUAGAGAUGGUUCUUGGAGACCUUGGAGAGGUGACAGUCCAGGAUCUCAUCCUACAGAAUAUUUUGAAGGGGCGCCUGGAGAAUCAGCUUCAGCACCUCACCCAAAGCCUUCUAAAAUGGCCCGCAGAGAAGCUUCAGAUAAAUAUGAAGAAGCGAGUAGAAGAGCAUCUAGAUUCACCUCUUGGAGACCUUGGAGAGACGACCGUACAGGAACUGAUCCUACAGAAUAUUCUGAAGGAGCGCAUGGAGAGACCGCUACAGGAGUUUCCUCGAGCCCUUUUAAAAUGGACAGCAGAGCACCUUCAGGUACACAUGGAGAAGGAAUUAGAAGAGAAUCUAGCAAUGCUUCUUGGAAACCUCGGAGCGGUGACCGUACAGGAACUGAGCCUACACAAUAUUCUGAAGGAGCACCUGGAGAGACCGCUACAGGAGCUUCCUCGAACCCUUCUAAAAUGGCCCGCAGAGAACCUUCAGAUACACAUGGAGAAGGAAGUAGAAGAGAAUCUAGAGAUGCUCCUUGGAGACCUUGGAGAGUUGACCGUACAGAAACUGAGCCUACAGAAUAUUCUGAAUGGCCGCGUGGAGAGAACACUACAGGAGCUUCCUCGAACAUUUCUAAACUGGCCCGCAGAGAAUCUUCAGAUAUACAUGGAGAAGCGAGUAGAAGAGAAUCUAGAGAUGGCUCUUGGCUAACUUGGAGAGGUGACCCUACAGGAACGGAUUCUAGAGAAUAUUCUGAAGGAGCGCCUGGGGAUUCCGCUACAGGAGCUUCCUCGAACCCUUCUGAAAUGGCCCGCAGAGAACCUUCAGAUACACAUGGAGAAGGAACGAGAAGCGAAUCUAGAGAUGCUUCUUGA